UUUACGAUGAACAACUGAAGGCAGCAUCCAGACCAUUGCUUGAAGGAAGGUGAUAAACGAAACUUAACUUAGUUCUCCGGCCCAGGCAGUUACAGUCUAUGAGCGGGACACAAAAACUUAACUAUUUGAACAAUUUCAACUUCAUCAUUAUGGCACAUUAUAGAGGCCCAGACCCUAAAAGGGAACAGUUUCGGAGAUACUUGGAGAAAGCUGGUGUUGUUGACAGUCUUACUAGUGUUCUGGUGGCUCUGUAUGAACAACCUGAAAAGCCCAACAAUGCUCUGGAAUUUGUGAAGCAGCAUCUCAAUGCUGCUGGUCAGACGUCCGCAGACACUGAGGCUCUACAGCAGGAGGUGGUUGACUUGAGGCAGAGGUGUGCACGUCUGGCAGAGGAAACUAAAGACCUCAAAGCAAAGCUGCAGCGUUACGAGCCUGAAGAUGGAGCCACAGCUGACUAGACUAGAAAGCAACGCUUUGGCUUCAUUAUUGUAGUUUUUGUUUAUUUUGCUGUCACUUUCAAGACACGAACCCCCUUUUAAGUGAAGGACAACAAUUUUUAGGUAUCUAUUUUUGUAAAUCUUAUUUUCUACUAGGUUUCUUAGAAUUUAACUUAUUCUGUACAUAUAUGUAUAUUUCUGUUGUGAUUCUGAUGUUUCUUGUUUGUUCAGUCUUCACACUUACACUUUAUUUCAGAUUCACACUUACACUUUAUUUCCAAAGAUCUGGUGUAAACAGUUGUAAAACACUCAAAUGUAGGACACCAGUAAAAUAAAGCACAUUCUUGGAAUUAU